GAAAAAUUAAAAGAAAAACAAAAGUUAAAAAAAUAUAAGAAAGGAAAUUAAUUUCCAAACAAAAGAACAACGCAAGCCUCUCUUUUUCUCUCAUUUUUUUUCCUUUUUAAUCGAAGCACCGACACGGUGGCUAGAAAAGAAGCGUGAAGAAGUUGAUUCGAUUCUCAGUGCUCCGACUGAUCUCUACUCCAUGGCUUCUUGAUCAGGAAAAUUGGUUGAGGGAGCUAUUGACUGGAGGCGCUUGAUCAGAUCAUAUGAAGUGCUUACUCAGUGGGAUUGGUUCUCAGGCAGUUGAUCUAGAUGUACUGUUUCUGCAUGUUUCUACACCGAACACACUUUUUCGAAGAUUCUUAGAGGUUAAUAUCAGGAGCCUGAAUUCUCAUACUCAAACUAUUAAGUUGUUGCUGUUUGGAUCCACAAGCUGGGAAACAGAGAAGAAAUAUUUCUAUGGCGGAGAGGGAGGACAGUAUUGAGCUUAAGUUUCGCAUUUAUGAUGGAACAGAUAUAGGCCAUGGUACUUAUCCAUCAUCUAUGACCGUUUCCAAUCUUAAGCAAAAGCUGGUUGCUGAGUGGCCUCAAGACAAAUCAGUCAUUCCAAAGUCAGUAAAUGAAUUGAAACUUAUACAUGCUGGUAAAAUUUUGGAAAAUAACAAGACACUUGCUGAUUCAAAAAUAACAUCUGGUGACCUUCCUGGCGGUGCUAUGACCAUGCAUGUUCUUGUACAGCCUGCUAUAGUAAAAAAGAAGACAGAAAAAAAUGAAGAGGAGAUGAAGAAACUAAACUCAUGUGGCUGUGUAAUCCUUUAGAUAAGGAAACAUUGCUUGAAGUCAAUAGCAGUUUUCUCACAGUUCAUACCUUAUGGCGAGAUUUCACACUUGAAAUGGCGUUCCUUUAUAAAUGGGUGACCUUGUUAUUGUAGGCAUCCUCAUAGAAGCAGAUUGCCUAAAAGGACAACUCAUUUUCUUCCUCAUUUGAAAUGGCCCUCACUUGUACACAGAGGGCAUUGUUACUGUAAACAUCCUCUUCACCAUUUUGUUUAAGAUAAUAGAAGUUGUGCAGAUGCAUUUAUGAACCUGUGUGGGAGCUAGGAAUGAAUUUUUAGUACCGACUGUCAUGAUAUAAUUUCCAUUGUUUGCUUUUGAGUCAAACAGAACUGUACUGGAGAUGCCUCUAUUACUGAGAUGAUCAAAAGAUGGUUAAAUGAGAACCUGAAAUGAGUUUCUCCGGGAUGUAUGGUAUGCGAUUUAUUAGUCUCAUGUUUCAAUAAUUUGAGCUGCUUAAAGCAGUUUUUUUAAUUUUUUUUUUUUUUAGCAUAAUAGAAGGAAUUUUCUUUUAUUUCUUAACUCACUUACUGUGUCUUGUAAUUCAAAUCCAAAACUUCUGCCACCGAAAGGAGUAAAAGGGUAAAUUUCAAGGCGGAUCAAAAAGCGUUGUGUCUGGAGCAAACUUGUACAUUCUGCUAGCAGCUACCGAGUAACAACCUCCCUUCCUCCGGCCAUGGCAGAAGUGCUAAGCUCAAACAAAUUUCAAAUUCAAAACUUUUUCCACCGAAGGGAGUAAAUGAAAUGGCAAUCU